AUGUCUAGCGUGACUAUACGGAACGUCGAAUUCAUAAACAACCCCGCCAAAUUUUCCGACGUCUAUCAAUUUCGUGUUACCUUCGAAUGCAUCGCACCUCUGAAAGAUGACCUCGAAUGGAAACUCAUCUUCGUGUCAUGCCCCGAAAAAGAAGACCUUGACCAAGAGCUAGAUGAUUGUCUGGUCGGUCCCGUUCCGAUUGGGAUAAACUCGUUCGAAUUCGAAGGAUCUCCGCCAGAUCCUUCAAAAAUCCCACCAGAAGAUGUUUUAGGGGUGGCAGCGCUCAUUCUGACGGGGUCAUAUAAUGACCAAGAGUUUGUGCGUGUGGGGUACUACCAGAACACGGAAUACGAUAAUGAGGAGAUGAAGGAGACGCCGCCUGCGAAGAUUGCGUUUGAGAGGUUGGUGAGGGAUAUCAGUGCUAAACCUCGUGUGACGCGUUUUCAGAUCAAGUGGUGA